AUGCCUCCAGUUGCUAUGAAAAUCAAGAUUCCUGAUCCACGAGGCCGAGGAAACCGUAAAAAGUACUCCAUAGAAGAGACCCUUGGCAUGGAACGAAACGAGUAUAUUCAACUUUUGCGCGAUGCCCAACAUGCAGUCUCACGCACACUCGAUACCCUUGGAGAGGUUACAUGGGGUGAGCUUAUUUCAAAACACCCUGAGCUUGAGACUGACUACGAAAACUCGUGGAUCGCUGAAGUCCUAAUUAUGAAUGUGAUCGUGAAUGCAAGAGGCAAUCGUGGCAAACGCCGUGUGGGCCGUGCCAAAACGAAUCCUACAAGUGAUGAGACUCAUGUCGGUGGCGGAAGUGAUAAUCCCGAGGUCAUAGAUCACAAUGAUGGCGAAAACACCAGGGAUUCUGAACAUGAAGGCAAUGCAAGCCAUGAACAAGAGGAUAGUGAUCGUUCGUCAAUUCCGACUCUGGCAAAUGGUCGCCCAAACAAGCCAGCUGCGCUCAGAAAUACAUGCACCAGUGCUGCUGCACCGAAAACAGCUGUAGCUCCUAAAAAAACUAUCCCCUCAAAUGCCCGAGGAAACAAUCGUAUCCAGUUUCAACUUACUGACAGUGAAGAAGAGCCUCCCAACCCAGUUCAAGUGACAAGGAAGAGGACUGCUGUUAAAGUGGUGAUGAUAGGCCCCAACCCAAAGUCCAAGAAGAGCCGUAUCGACAACUCAUCAUGUGAUGCGAUCGAGGAGGGAGCAUCUGGUAUGGCAAGAAGCAAGGGGAAAGGCAGAGCAAUGCCGACACCCAGGGGUUCAAAGAUUUAACCUGCUAGUAGCUAUGUCGUCUGUCACUUACCACUCCCAAAGUCAUAACCCACACACUAACUACUGUUGCCUUUUAGAACUUCUCUCUGGUUGCUGCAUCCGCUCUCAUUUCACUCUUACACUGCUAUCGCCAACUCGUUUAACUUUACCCGACUUGCUACAUGCUCUUUCGCAUAGAGUGCCUUGACUUUGCUGCUCCC